UAUAAACACAGACGAGCAGGCAACAGCAGCCCAGUAUUCCAGUGUCUUAGUCAGAGCUCAGACACACACACACGCUCACAGAAACACGCACGCACGCACACGCACACGCACACACACACACACACACACACACACACACACACACACACACACACACACACACACACACACACACACACACACACACAGGGGAGAUAACAGAGAGACAAAGCCAGCUAACGCCACAGCUGCCUCGGCUACCGCUGAUGUUUUAGCCCCGAUGGAGGGGAACCAUGAAGGGGAGCAUGUGCUGACGGGUCUUGACGAGGAGGCCAUCGUUGACCUCGGGAAGACCAGCUCCACCACCCACACCAACUAUGAGACGGAAGAGCUGGAGAGCCACAGGGCGGUCUACGUCGGGGUCCAUGUGCCCCUGGGCCGGGAGAGCAAACGCAGGCACCAUCGCAGAGGCCACAAACACCACCGCAAGAGGCGGGAGCGGGAGGAGGACCACGAAGAGGAGGACCGCGAGGACCCCACUUAUGACACGCCCUCCCAGCGGGUGCAGUUCAUCCUGGGUACGGAAGAUGACGACGUGGAGCACGUCCCCCACGACCUGUUCACCGAGCUGGACGAGCUGUCCUUCAGGGACGGGAGCGCCACCGAGUGGAAGGAGACAGCCAGGUGGCUGAAGUUUGAGGAGGACGUGGAAGAUGGAGGGGAGCGUUGGAGCAAGCCUUACGUGGCCACCCUGUCUCUACAUAGCCUGUUUGAGCUGAGGAGCUGCAUCCUCAACGGAACCGUCAUGCUAGACAUGAGGGCCACCUGUAUCGAGGAGAUUGCAGACAUGCUGAUUGACAGCAUGGUGGCGUCAGGCCAGCUGCAGGAGAGCUGUGGUCAGAAGGUGCGUGAGGCCAUGUUGAAGAGACACCACCACCAGAACGAGAGGAAGCUCAGCAACCGCAUCCCGCUGGUGCGCUCAAUCGCAGACAUAGGCAAGAAACAUUCAGACCCGUUGUUGCUUGAGAGACACGGGCCACUGAUGUCCACGCACUCUGUCCCCAGUAACCUGGAUAGCAGCAGCAAGACUGGAGACAGGAGACCCUCCAGAGCUGGGGUCAGUAAAGAGAACAGCAGUGUGGACUUUAGCAAGGUGGACAUGAACUUCAUGAAGAAGAUUCCCCCGGGCGCCGAGGCGUCCAACGUGCUGGUAGGGGAGGUGGACUUCCUGGAGAGGCCCAUCAUCGCCUUCGUACGCCUGUCCCCCGCCGUCCUCAUCACAGGGCUCACAGAGGUGCCCGUGCCCACCAGGUUUUUGUUUCUGCUGCUGGGUCCACACGGUAAAGGCCCUCAGUACCAUGAGAUUGGCAGAUCCAUGGCCACACUGAUGACAGAUGAGAUAUUCCAUGAUGUGGCGUACAAGGCCAAAGAUCGGAUGGACCUGCUGUCUGGGAUAGAUGAAUUUCUGGACCAGGUGACAGUCCUGCCCCCAGGAGAAUGGGACCCCUCGAUACGAAUCGAACCCCCCAAGAACGUCCCAUCGCAGUUGAAGAGGAAGAUUCCCUCGCAGCCCAACGGGUCGCCCUCACCCUCUGGGGAGAUGUUGAAGGAGGAGGACGAAGGCCACGGAGCUGGGCCCGAGCUGCAGAGAACCGGACGGAUCUUUGGAGGCCUGGUGAUGGAUAUAAAGAGGAAGGCGCCGUUCUACUGGAGCGAUAUCCGGGACUCGUUGAACCUGCAGUGUCUGGCCUCCAUCCUGUUCCUCUACUGCGCCUGCAUGUCCCCUGUCAUCACCUUCGGGGGGCUGCUGGGCGAGGCCACUAAGGGMAACAUAAGUGCCAUAGAGUCUCUGUUUGGGGCAUCCCUCACAGGAGUGGCCUUCUCUCUGUUUGCGGGUCAGCCCCUCACUAUACUGGGCAGUACGGGGCCUGUCCUAGUUUUCGAGAAGAUCCUCUUCAAGUUUUGCAAGGACUACGGCCUGUCCUACCUGUCUCUGAGGACCAGCAUCGGCCUGUGGACGGCCUUCCUCUGCCUGGUCCUGGUUGCCACGGACGCCAGCUCCCUGGUCUGUUACAUCACCCGCUUCACAGAGGAGGCCUUCGCCGCGCUCAUCUGCAUCAUCUUCAUCUACGAGGCCCUGGAGAAGCUCUUCCACCUGGGGGAACACUACCCCGUCAACAUGCACAACGAGCUGGACAACCUCACCCUCUACUCGUGUCAGUGUUCUCCACCGGCCAACGCCUCCACUGAGAUCUUGCAGACGUGGAACCAGACAGGACACACACCAGACACUAUCUCCUGGAACAGUCUCAACGUAUCGAUGUGUAACCUGCUCCAUGGAGAGUUUGCUGGUCCUGCCUGUGGUCACCACGGCCCCUACAUCCCAGAUGUCCUCUUCUGGUCCAUCAUCCUCUUCUUCACCACCUUCUUCCUCUCCUCCUUCCUCAAGGAGAUCAAGACCGAGCGAUACUUCCCUACAAUGGUACGCUCCACCAUCAGUGACUUUGCCGUGUUUCUGACCAUUAUGAUCAUGGUGCUGGUGGACUAUCUGAUGGGCAUCCCCUCUCCUAAACUCAACGUACCCGACCGCUUUGAGCCUACCUCCAAGCAUCGCGGCUGGCUGAUCUCCCCGCUGGGCACCAACCCCUGGUGGACCCUGCUGGUGGCGGCGCUGCCCGCUCUGCUCUGCACCAUCCUCAUCUUCAUGGACCAGCAGAUCACCGCCGUCAUCAUCAACCGCAAGGAGCACAAGCUCAAGAAAGGCUGUGGCUACCAUCUGGACCUGCUGGUGGUGGCGGUAAUGCUGGGGGUUUGCUCCAUCAUGGGCCUGCCCUGGUUCGUAGCCGCCACCGUGCUCUCCAUCUCCCACGUCAACAGCCUCAAGGUGGAGUCGGGCUGCUCGGCGCCAGGAGAACAGCCCAAGUUCCUGGGCAUCAGAGAGCAGAGGGUCACCGGCUUCAUGAUAUUUGUCCUCAUGGGCUGCUCCGUCUUCAUGACCUCCGCACUCAAGUUCAUUCCUAUGCCGGUGCUGUACGGGGUCUUCCUCUACAUGGGAGCCUCUUCACUCAAAGGCAUUCAGUUCUUUGACCGUAUCAAGUUGUUUGGUAUGCCAGCCAAGCACCAGCCUGACCUGAUCUACCUGCGAUACGUUCCCCUGUGGAAGGUCCAUGUUUUCACCCUGGUGCAGCUCACCUGCCUCAUACUGCUGUGGGUCAUCAAGGCCUCCGCAGCCGCUGUCGUUUUCCCCAUGAUGGUGCUGGCCCUCGUCUUCAUUCGGAAGCUUCUCGACUUUUUCUUUACCAAGAGGGAGCUCAGCUAUCUGGACGACUUGAUGCCCGAGAGCAAGAAGAAGAAAGAGGAUGACAAGAAGAAGAAGGAGAGGGAGAAACGGGAGGCCCAGGCUCUAUURCUCAUAGAAGAACAGGUGGGCGUGAAUGCUGUGAAGGUCCAUUAUGACGGUGGGAACCUGCUCAAGAUCCCAGUCAAAACUCUCUCAGGGAGCUCAUGUGACCUCGGCAAUGUUAAUAUCUCUGAGGAAAUGGCCAAAAGCGGGGCAUGCAAAGCAGUGGCGUUGAGCGCCGACUUCGGCCCGUCUAUGAAGCGUAGCCAAAGCCAGGAGAAGGUAGCCUGUGUUAGAGUCAACAUGGACACUACCGAGGCAGGAGGAGAGAGUUCAGCCUUAGAGACUGCCUUGUGAUGGAGGAGACCUUGUCCUACCCCCCACCUAACCCCACAGAGGGCCACCCUGGUACAGUGAGCAAGCUAGGACUUGAGCAGAGCAAUCAGACUGGUCUCUGGAAAAGAAGCCCCUUUUGUGGGUCUGCUGGGUCAACAGUUGAGCUCCAGUGACCUCCAGUGGUCCAAUGUAGCUAUGGGGGUCUUGAGGCCCACCAGUGCACAGAGGACUGACUGCCCCGCAGUGGCGAGCACAUUGCCGGGACAUGAAUGAACCAGACUCACACUGCCUACCGAAACCCCGUGUCAACCAAUCAUUUCCCACACACUGCCACAGAUGCCAAAGGAUGGGGCCACCACCGUCACACAUAUGCGGAAUCUUCUUCAAUUGUUGUGUAUGCGUAAAUUUACUUAAUUGUACUAUAUAAGGUAUAUUUUCUCAUGUACAUUUUAAGUUAGAUUUUAUUACCAAUUAAGAGAUUCACACGUGCAUCCUGUUUUUUGGGGCACAUGUCAUAUGUGAGCUAUUCUGGUUUGUCUACAUUUUUUAAAUAAUAUAUAUUUCCUUUCCAAAAAUGUACUAAACACAAACCAGCUCCAGAAACACAUGUCAGUCAAGCCAUGAUGAUUCAAGUUGUUAUUUCUGUGAUUUUCGUCAGUGCAAACUGGUUACAUCAUGACUUAACACGGGUAAUCUAAAUCUAAACUGUUGCAAACCAAACGAAGAAUGUAGACCCCGUGUGGCUCAGUUGGUAGAGCAUGGCACUUGCAACGCCAGGGUUGUGGGUUCAUUCCCCACGGGGGGACCAG